ACGUGAUAUCAACGUGUACAUUUUCUCCUCACUAGAUGACCCACUGUAUUAUUCAUGAUAUAAAUAAUUUUCUGUAUAGUGACUUUUUGUUGUUUUUAAUGAAUGUGUCUCUGUACAUGUUCUCCUCCAGAUGGUCCAAAGCGUCCCUCUGUGUCAGUGAGUCCCUCUGCUGAGAUAGUGGAGGGCAGUUCAGUGACUCUGACCUGUAGCAGUGAUGCUAACCCAGCAGCUAGAUACACCUGGAACAAGGAGAAUGUAUACUUCAAACCUCCCAGAAAAGGACCACAGCUCGUCUUCAGCUCCAUCCUGUCCUCUGACUCUGGACAGUAUUCCUGUACAGCUGAGAACGAGCUGGGGACAAGGACGUCGCAAUACAGGUCUAUUGAUGUGAAAUAUGGUCCAGAGCGUCCCUCUGUGUCAGUGAGUCCCUCUGCUGAGAUAGUGGAGGGCAGUUCAGUGACUCUGACCUGUAGCAGUGAUGCUAACCCAGCAGCUAAAUACACCUGGUACAAGGAGAAUGUAUACUUCAAACAUCUCAGUGAAGGACCACACCUCGUCUUCAGCUCCAUCCUGUCCUCUGACUCUGGACAGUACUACUGUACAGCUGAGAACAAGCUGGGGACGAAGACAUCUCAAUACAAAUCUAUUGAUGUGAAAUAUGGUCCAAAGCGUCCAUCUGUGUCAGUGAGUCCCUCUGCUGAGAUAGUGGAGGGCAGUUCAGUGACUCUGACCUGUAGCAGUGAUGCUAACCCAGCAGCUAAGUACACCUGGAACAAGGGGAAUGUAAAGGUCAAACCUCCCAGUGAAGGACCACAGCUCGUCUUCAGCUCCAUCCUGUCCUCUGACUCUGGACAGUACUACUGUACAGCUGAGAACAAGCUGGGGACAAAGGUGUCUCAAUACACAUCUGUUGAUGUGAAAUAUGCUCCAAAGGUUGUCUCCCUGUCUCUGACUCCCACUGGGGAGAUCAGGGAGAACAGUAGAGUGACUCUGACCUGUAGCAGUGAUGCUAACCCAGCAGCUACUUAUACCUGGUACAAGGAUGGUAACCCUCGUAAUAAAAAUAGACCGCUUGUCUUCCGCUCCAUCCUGUCCUCUGACUCUGGACAGUAUUACUGUGUUGCUGUAAACAAGUUGGGGAGCAGGACAUCUAAAUCCAUCUCUAUUGAUGUGAAAUAUGGUCCAAAGCGUCUCUCUGUGUCAGUGAGUCCCUCUGCUGAGAUAGUGGAGGGCAGUUCAGUGACUCUGACCUGUAGCAGUGAUGCUAACCCAGCAGCUACUUAUACCUGGUACAAGAAUGGUAACCCUCGUGAUAAAAAUAGACAGCUUGUCUUCAGCUCCAUCCAGUCCUCUGACUCUGGACAGUAUUACUGUGUUGCUGAAAACAAGUUGGGGAGCAGGACAUCUAAAUUCAUCUCUAUUGAUGUGAAAUAUGGUCCAAAGCGUCCCUCUGUGUCAGUGAGUCCCUCUGCUGAGAUAGUGGAGGGCAGUUCAGUGACUCUGACCUGUAGCAGUGAUGCUAACCCAGCAGCUAACUACACCUGGUACAAGGAGAACCAAACACUGCCUCAUGGACCAGAAGGAAGUUAUAAUUUCACCUCCAUCAGAUCUGAGGACAGAGGGAACUACUACUGCAAGUCUGAGAAUCAGUUUGGACAGUCGAACUCUUCUCUAUUUGUAGAUGUUCAGUAUGGUCCAAAGCGUCCCUCUGUGUCAGUGAGUCCCUCUGCUGAGAUAGUGGAGGGCAGUUCAGUGACUCUGACCUGUAGCAGUGAUGCUAACCCAGCAGCUAGAUACACCUGGUACAAGGAGAAUGUAAAGGUCAAACAUCCCAGUGAAGGACCACAGCUCGUCUUCAGCUCCAUCCUGUCCUCUGACUCUGGACAGUAUUCCUGUACAGCUGAGAACGAGCUGGGGAGGAAGACAUCUCAAUACAGGUCUAUUGAUUUGAAAUAUGGUCCAAAGCGUCCCUCUGUGUCAGUGAGUCCCUCUGCUGAGAUAGUGGAGGGCAGUUCAGUGACUCUGACCUGUAGCAGUGAUGCUAACCCAGCAGCUAACCACACCUGGUACAAGGAGAACCAAACACUGCCUCAUGGACCAGAAGGAAGUUAUCAUUUCACUUCCAUCAGAUCUGAGGACAGAGGGAACUACUACUGCAAGUCUGAGAAUCAGUUUGGACAGUCAAACUCUUCUCUAUUUAUAGAUGUUCAGUAUGGUCCAAAGCGUCCCUCUGUGUCAGUGAGUCCCUCUGCUGAGAUAGUGGAGGGCAGUUCAGUGACUCUGACCUGUAGCAGUGAUGCUAACCCAGCAGCUAACUACACCUGGUACAAGGAGAAUGAAGACUCACCAAAAGCAUCAGGACAGAUCUUCACCAUCACUGAUGUUAGACCUGAACACAGUGGGGAUUAUUCCUGUGAAGCCCAGAACAGAAGAGGACGUCAGAGCUCCACCUUACAUCUGACUGUUGUAGCAGAUAAACUCAACAAACUUAAAACUUGUUUAUUGUGUGUCUAUAUGGAUAUCUUUCAUGCAGUGAUACAGGGUCAGGAGGACUGGGGGGUGACUUACACCUCUACUCACAUCUGUGCUGUUAAAGGAUCAACAGUGGACAUACCCUGCAGCUACACAUACCCAUCCAGAAUAAAUGGCCUUGAUACCAAAGUUGAGAAAGGAUUCUGGUUUACUGAAUUAAAUAAUGAUGAAACCGUGGAUCUAACAACAGUCUCAGAGUAUUCAGGUCGAGUGCAGUAUCACUCUGAAAACAACGACUGCACUCUGAGAAUCUCAGAGCUGAGAGAGAGAGACUCAGCUGUCUACAAGUUCAUGUUCACAACAAACCAAGAUGGGAACUAUGUUGGUUAUCCUGGAGUCACUCUGACUGUCACAGACAGCUUCUCCUGUGCUGUAAGAGGACAUGAGGACUUCCCCUCUCCUUCAGUGU